UCUUAUCUCCUGCCAACGCAGUAAGAUCAAAAGCGGGACCAAAGCAAGUACCGAUUUUGCAGUAGUUACAGUGAGCAAAAAGAAUAUUCUAAUUCAUGGGAAAAUUCCAUGUUGACUACCUGUUACCGAAGCUCCUCCAAAUUCACACUGACCUUCUCUGAAAUGGGGCACAUUUAGCAGAGCCUUCUUGAAGUCUGGAAUAAAUCUAUCUUGAGCCAUCUGCCAAGAAAAGAGCCUCGAGUACUGCAUAUGGGAAAUUGCUGGAGGAAACCUGCAAAGUGUGCGCAUGCAUCAUCCAACAAGUUCUCGGAACGUGCGAAUUAUCAUCCCGGUUCGGAGUCUGCCCCUCGUCGCGAGGGGCCGACUUCUGCGAAUCCAGAAAAAUCUCCUGUUGCAUCGGGAGUCGUUUUGUCUGCCCCUAUCAAUCUGAAGUCUUUCAGCUUCAGCGAUUUAAAGAAUGCCACCAAGAACUUCCGGUCAGAGAGUCUAAUCGGGGAGGGAGGUUUCGGGUUCGUCUUCAAGGGAUGGAUCGAUGAGAGCACAUUAGUCCCCACUAAACCAGGAAUCGGGAUUGUGGUGGCCAUCAAGAAACUCAAGCCAGAGAGCUUCCAAGGCCAUAAGGAGUGGCUUGCCGAGGUCAACUACUUAGGUCAGCUUCAUCAUGAAAAUCUCGUAAAACUCAUUGGGUAUUGUUCAGAGUCAGACAAUAGACUUCUAGUUUAUGAAUGCAUGCCAAAGGGGAGUUUGGAGAACCAUUUGUUCAGAAAAGGUGUUCAACCUAUGGCUUGGUCUACGCGGAUGAAUAUUGCGAUUGGUGUUGCCCGCGGACUGUCCUUCUUGCAUAGUUUAGACGCAAAUGUAAUUUUCCGUGACUUGAAGGCGUCAAACAUUCUGCUUGACUCGGAUUUCAAUCCAAAACUUUCAGAUUUUGGCUUGGCAAGGGAUGGCCCUAGUGGAGAUGAAACCCAUGUUUCCACCCGAGUGGUGGGAACUCAGGGUUAUGCAGCACCUGAAUAUGUUGCGACAGGUCACUUAACCCCAAAGAGCGACGUUUACAGCUUCGGGGUUGUCUUGCUAGAGUUGCUAACAGGAAGGCGGGCGAUGGAUGAUGAGAGGGGUGGGUUUGUGGACGAGACUCUCGUGGAGUGGGCGAAGCCGUUUCUAAAUGACACGAGACGAGUGUUGAGAAUCAUGGACAUGAGGUUGGGAGGUCAAUACUUCAAGAAGGAAGCUCAAGGCGCGGCCGCUCUUGCACUGCAAUGCCUCCAUACAGAUCCCAAGAAUAGACCGCCCAUGACCGAAGUCCUAUCCUUGUUAGAGCAACUCCAGACAACGAAGCAGCCACCGAGGCAACCGGCGAGAUAGAUCUUCGCGGGACUACAAAGCAUCAUACACAGACGCAUUAUGACUAUUAAGAUGAUCUUACUCUAGUGUAUGAUUCCUAUGUAUAAAUGAAUUCAUAUUCUGCUAUGUCAGUAUGCAAAAGCUGUUUCAUCAACAAAGGAGUGAAAAGCUACAAACUUUC